GCGGUGCUGAAAUGCGAGGCGGGUCCUCCCUCCGCUGCUCAGUCUCUGAGCCCGAAAGUAGUUGGAAGUCCAAGUGUUGGACAAACGCAAGUGGGGGAGCGGCAAAGCAGCAACGGCGGCUCUCUCAGGUCCGGGCGAGCCACCGCACCCUUCGCUUCCGACGCAGGCUCCCACUGGAUGGCACGGGUGGUCUCGGGUGAGCCUUAUCCCUGGAGGCGCUGCCGGAGCAGGGGCCCCGGCGCUAUGGGGGCUGGAGUCUGGGGCAGCGGCUGGACUUGGAGCCGGCAGAUGCUGCUGCUCCUGGUGACUUCUUGCCUGGAGCCGGCGUCCGGCCAGCUGCGCUACUCGGUCCCGGAGGAGCUGGAGCACGGCGCCUUCGUGGCUAACAUCGCCGAGGACCUGGGUCUGGACGUGUCCAAGCUGUCGACGCGGCGGUUCCGCAUCGUGUCCCGGGCCGGCACCAAGCAGCAUCUGGAGGUGAACUUGGAGAACGGGAUCCUCUUCGUCAACGAGAAGAUCGACCGCGAGGAGGUGUGCGAGGCCGGCGGGGCCUGCCUGCUGCACCUGCAGCUGGUGAUCGAGAGCCCGCUGGCGCUGUACCGCGUGGAGGUGGAGGUGCUGGACAUCAACGACAACGCGCCCAGCUUCCCCUGGCCGGAGUACGUGCUGGAGGUGACCGAGUCGGCGCUGCCCGGCGCCCGCUUCCCGCUGGAGAGCGCGCAGGACCCGGACGUGGGCACCAACUCCCUGCGCACCUACCAGCUCAGCUCCAACGGCUUCUUCUCGCUCGAGGUGCAGACCCGCAGCGACGGCAGCAAGUUCGCCGAGCUGGUGCUGGAGCGAGCCCUGGAUCGCGAGCAGCAGCGCAGCCACCGCCUGCUGCUCACCGCCCUGGACGGCGGCCUCCCGGAGAGGUCGGGCACCGCCGGAAUCCUCGUCACCGUGCUGGACGCCAACGACAACGUGCCGGCCUUCGACCAGCCCUCGUACGGGGUGAGCCUGCCCGAGGACGCGCCGCCAGGCACGCUGGUCAUCAAGCUCAACGCCACGGACCUGGACGAGGGCACGAACGGCGAGAUCGAGUACUCCUUCAGCGGCCACGCGCCGCCCCGGGUGCGCCAGCUCUUCAGCGUGGAGCCGCGCAGCGGCCAGGUGCGCCUGGCCGGCCCGCUGGACUACGAGCGGGCGCGCCUGCACGAGCUCUACGUGCAGGCCAAGGACCGCGGCCCCUCGGCGGUGGCCGUGCACUGCCGGGUGCUGGUGCACCUGCUCGAUGUCAACGACAACGCGCCGGAGGUGAGCCUCACCUCGGUUUCCACGCCGGUGCUGGAGGACGCGCCGCCGGGCACCGUGAUCGCCGUGAUCAGCGUGCUGGACCGGGACUCCGGGGACAACGGGCAGGUGAGCUGCGAGAUCCCCCGCAACGUGCCCUUCCAGCUCCAGGCCGCCUUCCGCAACUACUACACGCUGGUCACCACCGCGGCGCUGGACCGCGAGGCCGUGCCCGAGUACAACCUCAGCAUCACGGCGCGGGACAUGGGCUCGCCCGCGCUGCUCACCAGGAAGACCCUGACCGUCCAGGUGUCGGACAUCAAUGACAACGCGCCCAGCUUCCUGCAGCCCUCCUACAGCGUCUAUGUGCUGGAGAACAACGCCCCGGGCGCCUCCAUCUGCUCUGUCAGCGCCGUGGACCCCGACUGCCGGCAGAACGCCUAUCUGUCCUACUCCAUCGUCGAGGGGCACAUCCAGGGCAUGCCCGUGGCCACCUACGUCUCCAUCAACUCGGAUAGCGGGCACAUGUACGCGCUGCGCUCGCUGGACUACGAACAGAUCCGCAACUUCCAGGUGCAGGUGCAGGCGCAGGACGCGGGCUUCCCCCCGCUCAGCAGCAAUGUCACCGUCAACGUCUUCAUCCUGGACCAGAAUGACAACGCGCCGGUCAUCGUCUCGCCCGUGCCCCGCAACGGCUCGCUUGCCACAGAGGUGGUGCCCCGCUCAGCCGACCCCGGCUACCUGGUGGGAAAGGUGUCGGCCGUAGACGCGGACUCUGGGCAGAAUUCCAGGCUCUCCUACCAGAUCCUUCAGGCCACUGACCCCAGCCUCUUCAGCCUGGCCCUGUACACGGGCGAGCUCCGCACCAUCCGAGCCUUCCUGGACAAAGAUGCCACCAGGCAGCGCUUGGUCAUCCAGGUGCGGGACAACGGGCAGCCGCCGCUCUCCGCCUCUGUAUCCCUGCUGCUGUCCGUGGUGGAGAGCAUGCCCGAGACCCUGUCCGAUUUCAACGAGCUCUCCCUGAACCCCGAACUCUCCUCCUCCACGCUCACCCUCUACCUCAUCGUCUCACUGGGCUCCGUGUCUUUCACCUUUCUGGUGGCCAUCAUCAUCCUCACGGCCAUCAAGUGCCACAAGGACCGGCACUCCCUGCAUGGCUAUGGCUGCUCCCUCCCCGCCUGCUGCUGCGUGAGGGCCAGGGCCUCGGCCAAGGUCUUCAAAAAUUCCAACAUCAAGCCCCAGCUCUCCUCGGGCAACAAAGUGCCCACCAACUGCCUGGACGUGGCAGGCAGCGGCCCUCCAGGCUACUGCUACAAAGUCUGCCUGACCCCGGAGUCCGCCAAGAGCGACUUCAUGUUUCUAAAGCCCUACAGCCCGAGUCCCCCGAGGAACAACGAGAAAGCCGCCGAGGACUUACCAGGGCCGGGCAGGAAGGCCCGAGAGGCCAAUAACACCGUCAGUGCCGCCAGCCAGAUCAAACAGCCCAAUGUGGACUGGCUGCCUACAAAAACCCAGCGAUCAGCCCUGAAAAGUUCGCAGAGUCUGGAGGACGUAGGGGGAGUCCGCAGAGGAGUCCAGAAAGAGCACGACAGGCUGCGUACCCUAGUCACUCCAGUCUCUGAAUUCCAGAAGGCAUCCGGGGCCCCCAACAGCAUUUGGACCCCCAGGUACGGCCCCCUGUACCCGCCGCACAUCCCACCUCUGGAUUACCAGCACAACGUUUAUAUACCAGGGACCCCAACCAUGCUGGCAAACAAGGAGGGGCCCCACUGCCUGGAUCCGGAGGACAAGAACAGCUUCUCCACUUUUGGGAAGAGGAAGAAAAUGGCCACCUAUUGCGACAUAGGCGAUAGCAUGAUUAUCAACAAUGACUUAAAAUAAUGGCUCCCGGAGGAGAGCGCCGGGCCAGGGCAGCUCUGUCCGUGUUCCUGGUGAAGCUGAGAUGGGGACAGUUGCCUUUUCCAGACUGCAGCUUUCAUAAAGUGCAAGAAGCAGUGGGUCCUUCUGUAGGAAGUGCCCUCCUUGCUAAUCGGCUGAACUGUGCGAUGCAUUGCCUGCAGCCUAGGUACCUAUUGUUGUAAUUUAACCAAGUCCAGUCUCCGGCCUGCAGCUGAACAGAAAGGGAGAUGGAUUUGCAGCACUUGAACCGAGAGAAGGAAUGAAAUGGGAGAUUGGACGAACGAUAUUAAGAUUCUUCCCAUGUCAUUCUGCAGGGGCGGUAGCUGGUCUGUGUAUUAGUGGGUACAUGGCCGUUUAGUAGUGGGUGAGAGGAUUACAGAAAGGAUUUGCCUUGUGUUAAGCACAUCCCCAUGCCGAUUUAUUCUGGGGGCCGAAAGUCCGAGUAGCCCUCGGCCAUGUCUCGCGCAUUUCAAGAAGCCUUUAGCAAGCUCAAUUUUGUAACUAUUGUAACUUCUUUCCUCGUGCGGCUGUGUGAAUGUAUCAAGUACACGUGUAUGUUUCUGACUGUUUAAUGCACUGGAAUAGCUGCAAAAUGCCAUGUUAAAAUCAAGAGGGCUGGGAGAGCUACUCGGGUUAAAGCAAACAUAUAUAGUACCUGCGGGAGAACUCUCUUUCCAUGAAUUAAGGAAUUAUGGAAUAAUAAUUUAUUAGACCUGGAUCUCAGAUCUGUCACAGGGGAGACAUGAAGGCAGGGCACAGCAUGCUGAAACCAGCCAAUUGUUUCUGGCCUCACUGACAGUUAAAACACAUAACUAAACAACUGCCAGGUGCUGUAAUUUUUGAUCCGCUCGUCUGAAACGCAAAUCUCAUCUGGUAAGGCUGGUUUUUAUUAUUAAAAUUAUAACUGAAAGUUUCCAGGAUCUAAGAGUUCUUAAAGAGAGAAUUUAUGGGAAAGUCUCGAGUUCCCAGGCGUGGAAGGGACCCACACUUCCUCCUCUUUGUGGUCUGUGAUGUGAAAGGGGGGUGGAGACUGGGCAGCCGGGGGACGCACAGAGUGGGGCUAGAUCAUCUUUUCUACUUAGCCUCCCUCAGGAAUCUCAGGAGUUCUGAAGGCAGAGACACUGGUUAUGGUACCGGGGUCUUAAUGAAACCAAGUUGCCAUGUAGCCGGAGACCCCGCAUAGGGGUCAGACAUCGUACAGGGGCUCAAUCUUCUACGUGGAUGGCGUUGGCCUCCUGCAAGCCCCUGGAAUCCUCUACAUUUAGGGGAAGGCUCUGCUGUCCUUUCCACCAAUAACAGCCCCCUUGGUGAUGACUGUGGGGUGGAUCUCAGCGAGAUUUCCUUCCCCAGAGCCCAGUCUUGUUUUUUUCCUCUAUGGAAGUGUAAAAAAUAAGCUCCCCCUUUUGACUAAUGAGCAGUAGGCUGGGACCCUUCUUUAGAUGGGGUGAUGAUCUCCUGCACACAAGCACAUCACUGCUCUAGCUGCCCUGGCAGAUCAAAGAGAAGUUUUCACUCCACCCCACGUUGCUUUUUAAGGCAUUAAACACACAAUCAGGCAGAAUCCCAAAUCAAAAAACAGGUCUGCCCACCUCCUACAAACUCCUGUGUUAGUUGUACUUAUCCUAGAGUCCGAAGAGUAUAUUUCCUUUGAGAAACUCAACCGAAGAUGAUUGUCCAUCACCACGGAGAAAGUCCAAGCUCGUUCAAAUUUGCUACGCAGGUGGAAGUGGGGACACAGCUCAGAUCCGGUGAUUCUAGUUUUGGCUUGCUUGGGACUAGCCCCCAAGAGCCCAAAGGUCUCUGAAUCUGAAUCUUCUCUUUGUUAACAGAUUUGAACUGACAGACCUAUUUAAAAUAACGCAGAGGAACAAUUUUCCUGGAGAGCUACUCUUGGUCUGUGGGCAUGGAAACCGUGUGGAGAAGUGUGCCAGAGUCACAGAAGGAAGAUUGCUAGGCUUUUGAAUUACAGCUAAUUUCGAACAAUACAUGCAGUGCAUGAGAAAUUCCCUUUCAACAAGUAGUGUUUGUUUCACAGUGUUUGCUUUAUAUCAAUAAAAUUGUAUUUUAAUAGCUCAGACAGCUCCAUGGCUUUUCUGAUGGGCAACAAACAGCAGCCACACUGACAACGGUUUCUCUGAUGGUUUUGUUUUUCACCUUUCAUUGGGCAGAAUGUUAUCAUCGCCUCUGAACAGAGACUUGGCCAAAGCUUGCUGGAGAUCUUUUAAAGCUCUGUAACUUGCCGCAAUUACCAUAUUGCGUGCUAGCAAUAUUAAAAUGCUUAAUCUUGUCUUUUCCACGGAAGAAGUUAUAUCCCUUGCUUUCCUUUUAAAAUCUCUUCUGUGUGCACUAUUGCAUUCCCCACCUGUACGGCUUCCUUUCAGCGAUGUCUGAAGUAUCCUUGUACAUACUUCGCCGGACUCUUGGCCCCUUUGAACCACUUCAGUGGUAAAUUGGGGGCCCUCAAGCUUGUUUCACCAGCUCCCUGAGGAUUCCGUCAGCGUUGGGGGAACAAGUAGGUGGACUAGCCAUUCUCCGCGACCCCUCUUCGGGCCCUGGGGAGAAAGGAGGCGUGGCUGGAGCAGCUGCAGGUCCUGGAGAUCCCCAGCUGGCAGAACAACCCCACGAGGCUGUUCUAAGUGGCACAGGUUACCAAGGUAUCUCCUUGCCCCUCUCAGGGUUAGGGUGCCGCAAAGGUUGCAGAAAGUCGCAUUUGCUCACCUGCCCAGGCGCCGAUCCUACAAUAACGGGUCUAGCCCGUUCAGCUGUGCUAGACCCGGGGAUGCCAACCACUCUCAGAGGAAAGCACUUCAGUAUCCUUCUGCCUGAAAGCUGCAAGCUAAAUAUAAUGACCUAUUAGUUUCCUUUGCGUUGUUUCUACUAUUCAGUUAAGCUUUUCCUGAGAUACUCGCCACCCACAGCUGGCAUCUGGACUAGCAGGAAGACUGGCACCUGUCCCUGGAUAUGUGCCAAACUCAAGGACGUAGGUGUCUGGAAGCAGAUGUGUCAGAUUUGCUAUGGAAAUAUCCUCCCCUCUCCAACCGCUCUUUCUUUCUUUCUUUCUUUCUUUCUUUCUUUCUUUCUUUCUUUCUUUCUUUCUUUCUUUCUUUCUUUCUUUCUUUCUUUCUACUGAAGUUCCCUGGCUAGCUGCAGAGCUUGGGCAGCGUCAGUGCAACUUUCUCAAACACAGAAGUCAGACUGGGGGGGGAGGGAAGGGGAGCGAGGGUAAUCAGGUACUCUCCUCCCAAGCUCCAACCACAACCCACAUUCCACCUGGUGGUGAGCCCCAAAUGAGAGGACGCCCACAGUUAGACGGGGCAGAGUUUCAUCACUUGAUCUUCCCGCUUUCUCCCAUGAUUGAUCAGCAAUGAUUUUUUAACAACGUUGACGUUAAAUUGUCAUAAUUAGGCUUUAGCACUAACGCUUAGUGGAAAUGAAUUGGGUCAGUCAUUGUCUUCUCUGCCGAGUCUGCCAGCUGUGGGCUAACCAGUGCCAAUUCUACAGCUGGUUUUGGGGAUGUAGAGGAUACUUAUCUGUUCGGAAAUGGACGGAGAUCACCAAGUCACUGAUUCAUAGGGGCCACUAACAGUGGCCAGGAGGUAAUCUUCCAGGUGAAGCAUGAUCUUGCAAUUAAGGAAAGCAGGCUUCGAACUCCGGAGACCUGACUUCUAUCCAGAUUCCAGCCACAUGAUCUUAGGUAAAAUAAUAAUAAAAAAUCACUCUGUGCUUCAGUGUAAAGCGAGGCUACUGAUAUUGCCUUAUUUCAUAAGGGAGCUGUGAGGUUUCAGUCACGUAACAUUUAUAAAGGGCUUUGAGAUCUUCAGAGAGAAAGUGUUUUAGAUGUUUUAUUAUUAAUUGUUUUUGGUCACUAUUAAUUUUUGCCAGAUUCAGAGCAGGUUCUAGAAAUGAAAUCUUCAUAUUCAAAUUUUACAGUUUGGCAUAUAAUUUUGUGGUCAUAAAGGGGUGGUUUCGUGGCCUAUGAAGAAUGUUAAGGAAAAACAAAGAAACUCCAGGAAGAAGCUACAGUCUUACAACCUCAUAUGAAAUUAGAUGGUUUACAGAAACCUGAUUGCUGCGGAAAGUAAUACAAUCAAGAAGCAAGAACUCCAUUACAUGGACUUAAUUCCCUAUAAGACUUAGUGGGCAUGUGCCAAGUUCAGGGGUGCAAUCCAAACCAAUGAGGGGUUUUGUCACUGCCUGCCUUGUAAUCUCGAGUGCUUCAAAAUGCUCUGCUGCUGUAGUGCUCUUGACUGGAUGUUUCUAGCCAGCAUAAAAACAUGCACUCAGUGUCUGUAUAUUAAGCCCUGUUUCAGUUUUCUGUUCCCUACAGCCUGCCUACAACACAGCAGCCCCAGCAUGGUUACACCUGGCAAGAUGACCCCAAUGCAUCAGAGUUCUGAAUUUUCCCAAAACUGUGGUAUCUGCAAAGUGGAGCCCUCUCCUGGAUCAUCAGAGAGAUAUUAAGGUUCUUUUGUUCCUUAUGAAGAUACAAUGCCGAGCAUUACCACAUUAACUGGCGUUAACGUUCACUUUAAAUCAAACACAGUUCUGGCUUGGUUUGAUGAAAAGUAAAUCAAGUUUAUUAACAAAAAGAAGAUAGGAUUUUAAGUGAGUUCAAGUAGAAGGAGAGUUAGAACUGGUUACAAGCAAAUACAAGUGAAAAGCCCUUUCUAGGAGGCUAAGGCUUAACAAUACAAGCUAGAACCUUUGUUCAAGGUAGUUUCUUUACCAAUCUACCUCCCAGCAAGAUGGCUGACCACCCCGCACCCCCGUCAAGCUCUCCCACAAAGUCCAGAGUACUUGGUUCAAUUGUCUUCUUAGGUGAAAGAUCACUUGUGGUUUUCUGUCCCACCCUUUUUUUAGUCCUCUGAGACUUUGAAAUGGAUUCUUCUUCCCUAAAGUAAGUUCAUUCAAGCCAGGAGGAAGGUGACAGAAGUUCCACGAUGGUUUCUUCCCCUGCUUGUUUGUUAAAAUGCAAAUCAAUCUGUUUCCUGCAAUCUCCUUCCCCUCUUGACGUUCCUAUGUAAUUUACAUUCCCCUUGUCUCUUAAUGUACCUUGGAAAUACCUUCCAAGUGGCAGAACCACAUUCCUUUGUCCAGGGUGGAGUUAUUCUAGCCAAAGGCAUAUUGAUUUUGAAUUGUCCCAAUGCUAGGAGUUCUGCAUGCUCCCCGGGGGGCAGGUCUGCCUGUUAACCCAUACUUCGUCUGGCUAGAGAAAUUUAAGUCCCAGUAUCUCUCUUUCGCAUGUAUUCUUUACCAUUCACCCUGGCAGGUUUAAUAAAUCCCAUGCCCAUCUCCAACAGGUCAGAGCUCACAAAAUUAAUCAGAGGACCUGCGGGUACCUCUUCGGAUCCUGUGUUAAAUACAGUUGCAUUAACUUGGGCUGUACUGUAUGUGGACUUAGCUUCUUUCAGUUUAGGGCAGUCCCUCAGGUGUUCAAUGGACUCAUGGGUGAAACACCUUCUUGAACUGUUUGCAACCGUGCCUUAGUGGGUUAUAACUCAGAAUGCCAAAUUCAGGACAAACUGCUGAGAAACAGGGCAAACACAACCCAAAACUGGUGGUUAUUCUUUUAUAAGAUAUA